AUGAUGAAGAGAAAAUCCGGCAAUUCUUGCAGCUCAUCGUCCUCGUCAUCGUCCCAAAAAGUCGAGCCGCAUACCACGAAAACCAACAACACGCUCGAUAAACCGGUCGAGCCGGUCAAGAAACCGAGGCGCGUUAGGACCGGCAAGAAAUCGGCAGCCGAUGCACCUGAUACCUCUGCCACGUCAUCCAAAUCAAGAAGCUCAACCUUCAGAGGAGCUUAUGAUAAUGAAGAGGACGCGGCUCGAACUUACGACUUGGCUGCUUUAAAAUACUGGGGCCCAGCUACCAUCCUCAAUUUUCCUGUGGAGUCGUAUGCCAAAGAGAUUGAGGACAUGCAGAGAGUGUCUAAUGAGGAGUAUUUAGCUACGCUGCGCCGCCGUAGUAGUGGAUUUUCCAGAGGGGUCUCAAAGUAUCGUGGUGUCGCAAGGCACCAUCAUAACGGUCGAUGGGAAGCUCGCAUCGGACGUGUUUCUGGAAAUAAAUAUCUCUACCUGGGAACAUACAGCACCCAAGAGGAAGCGGCCAAGGCGUACGACCUGGCGGCCAUCCAACAACGCGGCCCGAACGCCGUCACAAACUUCGACAUCAGCGUUUACGCUGACGAGCUCAAGAAAAUCCAAUCGGAGGGAGGACUCGGAAUCCUCAUCACCCCACCGGAAGAAACCCCGACCAACAAGAAAAAGUCAACACACGACGAGCAGCCGCCACACGAGCCGCCGAUGGAUGAUGCGGCAGCCCUGGUGCUGGGCCCGCAGCACGAGCACCCUUGGGAUAUCUACUUGGACACAGAUUUCGAAAUGCCCCAGCUGCCCGAGAUUCCCUUCGAGCCAACUUCCGAGGAUCUCGGCUGGCUCGACUGCACGGAUUUCGAGGAUGAUAUCGAGCGUAUCUUUGACGGGCUCUCGUUCGAUGACGGGUUCUUGCAGGAUGAAGGGGUUGUUGACUCGGGUUUAAAGGGGCGCCAAUUGUCGGAUUCGCUUUCCGGGUCGUCUUUGUCGACUAUGGCAUCGGCUAGCAGCGAAAUUUGA